GGGACGCCGAUGGCCGCUGCGCUAUGGCACCCAGUUCGUUUCAUCCGAAAAAAGGCUGUUUAGUGGUGACCAGCAACGAAAACCGCACGGCGCAGCGGAUCCACCCACACCAAGAGUUCAACAAUGGCAUCGUUAUGAGCGCUCAGCCACUUCGGGAUAAUCAGCUGUUUGAAGUCAGGAUCGACAAGAAGGUGUCAACAUGGAGUGGCUCCAUAGAGAUUGGCGUGACAGCCCUGGACCCCAGCACGCUCACGUUUCCGUCGAGUGCCACCAACCUCCGCGAGGGCUCUUGGGUCAUGUCUGGCACUGGCGUGCUGCAGGACGGCAAGACACUGGUCGAGGAGUACGGCACGGACCUCGACCAGCUCGGCGAGGGUGACCGUGUUGGCGUCAUGCGCACCUCAAGCGGCGAGCUGAAGUUCUUUGUCAAUGGCCGGAGCCAGGGUGUGGCUGCAAGUCAAAUUCCGCCACAGGUGCACGCUGUGGUUGACCUGUACGGGAAGUGUGCCCAGAUAUCCAUCGUGGAGGAUGGCGAUCCACCACUGUCGGCAGGGGAUAACAUAAGCUGCGAGAAUAUUGUCACCUUGGGAGCAGCUGCAUGUGGACCUCCGUCGGAUGAUCCCCUGCGAUUUCACACACGGUGCGGUUCAUUGGUGCAGCUCUCCAACGACAACCGGACAGCAGAGAGGCGGCGGCCCUCGGACGAAUUCAACAAUGGUGUCGUUAUGACACACAGGUCGCUGAGAGAUGACGAGUGGUUUGAGCUCCGAAUCGAUGAACUGGUGAACAAAUGGUCGGGCUCCAUCGAGCUAGGAGUUACCACUCACAGUCCCGAGACUCUGGAGUUCCCGGCAACCAUGACAAACAUGCGCUCAGGUACCAUAAUGAUGAGCGGCUCAGGGAUUCUCACAAACGGCAAAGGCAGUAGGCGGGAAUAUGGCAACUACAACCUGGAUGAACUUCAUGAGGGCGACAGGAUAGGGGUAGUGCGCAAGUCCAACGGCAACCUGCACUACUACAUCAACGGCAUGGACCAGGGUGUGGCCUCAGGGAAUGUGCCCAAGGUGGUGUACGGAGUGGUGGACCUGUAUGGCAUGACCGUCAAGGUCACUCUGCUUGACCACAACGAGAGCUCUCACAGACACGUGGCAUCUCCCAGCGAUGAAAGCAAGGCCAUCAAAGAUGACACAAAUGACCGGGAGACUGAGAGGUUGCUGUUCCACCCACGCUGCGGCGGACGCGCUGUGGUUGUCAACGAUGGCCGCACUGCGCGGAGACCUAGUGCCCUGGAUGGCUUCAACAACGCCGUCGUCCUGACGAACCGUGCGUUACGUCCGGAUGAGCUGUUCGAGGUGGUGCUAGAGCAGCAGGUGUCCAAGUGGACAGGCUCCAUCGACAUCGGGGUGACCAUGUUUCCGCCACACCUGCUCGAGUUCCCCACUACCAUGACCAACGUGCGGUCGGGCACCUGGGUCAUGACUGGCUGCGGUGUCAUGCACAACGGCACCGAGGUCAUCAAGGACUAUUGCCGGAACCUAGACACCUUGCAGGUGGGGGACAAAGUUGGCGUGAAACGAACAUCCGAGGGCAAUCUGCAUUUCUACAUCAACGGAGUGGACCAGGGCAUAGCCGCUCACAACGUGCCUGCACGGGUGUAUGGCGUUAUUGAUCUUUACGGACAAGCUGCCCAGGCGUCUGUGGUGGACCACUCUGGCACUGAGACCGCACCCGUGCCGGAGCUCUUGUUGGCGGUGCCGUCACCUUCUCUCGCCCUGACUGUGGGUGAGCCGCUGGUUGCAGAGCUGCGCUUCAGCAAGAGGCAUGGCCGUAACGCCCGGGUCCUCAACAACGGGCUGACGGCAGUGCGCCCGAACGCUCACGGCGAGUUCAACUUUGCCAUCGUCGUCAGCGACCGGCCUCUCACCGACAACCAGCUCUUUGAAGUGGUUAUUGAUCAGAUGGUUGACCGGUGGUCGGGAUCCAUCGAGGCUGGUGUCACGGCCAUAAAGCCUGAAGACCUCGAGUUUCCCAGCACAAUGACUGACAUCACUCACGAUACAUGGAUGCUAAGUGGUUCGGCCAUCAUGCGCAACGGCAACACUGUGCGGAAUGGCUACAAGUGCGACCUGGACCAGCUUGGUGUUGGAAGCCGCGUGGGAAUGAUGCGAGAUUCCGACGGCUGCCUGCACUACUUUGUCAACGGAGAAGACCAGGGAGUCGCUUGCAGAAACAUCCGGUCACCUGUCUGGGCUGUGAUAGACCUCUACGGCCAGUGCGCACAGGUGUCCAUCGUGCCGCAGCAGCGGAUCUCACCACCAGCAGCCCUGCCUGCCAAGGUGGCUAGUCCGGAGGUGACCAGAGCGAGCAUCACACCUGCACACAGCGUGUCUGUAAAUCACCAGUUCAACACCUGCUGCGGGAAGAAUGUGGUCCUUAGGAAUAACAACAAGGUGGCCUGUCGCUCCGCUGGCUUCAACAACGCUCUUGUGUUCAGUGCUGCACCAUUGGAACUGGAGGAACUCUUCGAGGUGCAAGUGGAACAAGUGAGCACCGUUUGGGCCGGGGCACUGGUGCUGGGCCUGACGACGUUUGCGCCUGAGCCUGGUGUCCCACUUCCCCCCACUGCCCUCCGUCUCCCAGGCCAACAGUCGUGGCUCCUUGUUGGCUCACGUGUCUUCCACAAUGGCACCCUCCUCAGGGACAACUACGGGCCGUCCCUACAUCGGCUGUCGGCUGGUGAACGGAUUGGCGUCCAGCACUGCUUUGACGGGACCCUCAGGGUCCACCUCAACGGGGAAGAUUUGGGGCCAGCGGCCUCCAACUUGCCAAAGGUUCUCUAUGCAGUGCUGGACUUGUAUGGGAUGCUCGAGUCGGUGUCCCUCUGCAGUAGCAGCAUAGUCCCUGCCACGCACUCUGCGGCCACCAAUUAUUUCGACUGUGCCGAGCCAAGCCAAGGCACACCAAGCAAGGAGAGGGUGGGCCAGGAGUUCCACGAGCAACAUGGCCGCAAUGUGCGGCUGCGCGCGGGCAGCCUGGGUGCGUGCCGCACGACCGGCUACGACCACGGCCUCCUCCUUUCCACCAAGCCUCUGCCUCGGUGCCAGCUUUUCCAGGUUCGGAUCGAUCGACUGAACAGCAAGUGGAGCUCCUCCCUGCAAGUGGGCGUCGUCGGAGAGAACCCCGAGAAACUUCACUUUCCUCUGAGUGCCCUCAAUCUACGAAAACUCGCAUGGGUGAUUUCCGGUGACUCUGUCUAUCACAACGGAACCAAGGUGAAGCUUGGCUACGGACCCAACCUCGACCACCUGCAGCAAGGCCACACGGUGGGCGUGCUGGUGGACCUGGAAGGCGGGCUACACUUGUACGUCAACGGGAUGGACCAAGGCGUGGCUGCCAGAGACCUGCCGCCCGUCUGUUAUGCCCUGGUGGACCUGUAUGGUCAGUGCGAGCAGGUGACUAUUGUGGAGUCUCAUGACCAGGACAGCGAACCCGAGGCCGAUUCAAGAGAAAAAGCCGACAUAGACAACGAGGUGAAGAACCUCCACAAUGACAUCCACGCCAUCAAGAAUUGCGAGUACCAAAACCUGUGCCUGAGGUUCAAGGCCAUGCUCGGGAUUCCUGACAAUUACUUUGUUCCUGACAUGAAUCUGUGCUACUGCGAGACCUGCCACAAGAUCCGCGGUGAUGAGCCCUACCUCAAAGUUGGUGAACCUCCUAGGGAUUACGCAGUGCCCUUCGGUUGGUGCCGAUUCCCACUCAGGUUGCCACUGAGGCCCGACCACAAUUCAGUUCAGCAGAAGUGGCACGUGGCGUAUCACGGUGUGCCAGUCGCUGCCGUGAGGAAGACCCUGGACCAUGGGCAGCUGCUCUCACCAGAUAAGGUGUCACUUUGUCAGCCACCCAAGACGGGGUCAAGGAGCAAAUCAGAGAACUGUGAAAGCCACUCCGUCUGCCUGUCCCCAACGUUGCGCUACGCUGGUUGCAGUGCAUUAUGUCCAAAGCACGAAUUCGUUGACCCGAAGACGAGCCGUCAGAUGUGGGCAAGGACCGCCUUCCAGGUUUUAGUCCAGCCUGGCUCCUACACGACACACCCGGCGCGUGUGGGCACCACCAGCCCCACCAGCAGUGCCGCGUCGAGGGAUCCGACCGAGACGUUUCUGGGUGCCUCGGAACUGGAGUGGAGGACCAAAGAGAGGGGUGCCACCAUCCUCCACGCGCUCCUCGUCCGCCUGGAGUUCCCGCCGUCCUGAUAGACUGUGAACCUAGGAACUCUUGCUUGUUUUCAUUGGUUUUUAUUUGAUUUAUUUUCCCUGUUUACGUGGCAACCUAAGCGUUGAUUAUGCCAUCCCGCCUGCAUUCAUUCACACUGCUGAUCAUUUCGGGCUGUUGUGCAAUUCUCGUUGACUCAUUCUUAUCUUUGUGCUACCGCCAUCGUUGACAUUGAUUGCGUCCCGAGCCCCCACCCUGUGUUGCAGUACAGGAUUGCCGGCGCAUCGGCGUAGAUGACUUCAAACUUAAUGUGAUUGAGACACAAGCGGAGGCAUGAACAUGAUUGCACACGGUGUGUACGUACUUGUGUAUCUGUGUGUGGUGUAUAUCCUAUGACAAAAAUGUAAAAGCCAGCUGACAAUGGUUGGCAAUGGCUGGCCAUUGCCAGCCAUUGCCAUUGCUGGCUAUCGCUGUAGCGAUGUGUAUUACGUUGCGUUUACAUCCUCUUUCUGCGUUUGUGUCUCGUACGUGCUACACACAGAGAAGUUUCAUGACAUCGACACUGUGUGUUUUGUGGAAUCACAUGUAUGUACAUAAGCAUGGAGCUGUGAGGCACGCUACAAGUGCAACUCUCAUUUGCCAUUCGUGUAACGAAUCGCAUAUGUUGUUGCAGGUCUCCUUUCAAUUUUAUUUGCCCUGCUUUUCAUGGUCGUGCCACACGUGUAGUGCACAUGGCACAAGAUUUGGUGUGCUCGUGUGGUUGUCUCGUGUAAUUUUUGUUUUUUUUUUCCCCGUUGGGAUAGAUAGCUUGUUCUUGUGCUGCCAUCAUUGCACUAGUAUUUCCGUUGCACACGUUCUGAGCAGUGCACGACGCCUCACCAGAAUGCUUGGGCCCUUCAUCUUAUUCGUUAUUGCCAAACAGUGUUCUUUAAGCAGUCAUUAGCUUUGGUCGAUACUCUGUUGCCCAUGGAGGAAAAACGUAAAUCGAUGCCACACAUAAAAAAAUUGUGGCAUUGUCUGAAAAAAAAGAAAUUCAGGGGGAGUGGACUUACUGCAAAGGCUACCAUGUUCAACAGAAAGUCGCUUCAUUGGGUGCUCAUGUGCGUCAGCCAUGUCUAGUAUUGCAGAAAACAUUUUCCAUCAGUUACGGUGGCGUACAGUUCAUAUUGUCAUCACCUGAUUAUUAUUUCUUCAUUAUGAGUUUGCUAUUAAAUGAUCAUUGUUAUACGCUGAUUCAAUUGUCCAUUUACAUUAGCAAUCAGGGGGAAAAAAAAGAAAUAUUUUCUGCCGUGGUGCCGUCCUCUCGCAGAUGUAACGUUGGUCCAAAGAUUCUUGAAGACAGAGGAACGAAGCCAGUGAAAUCAUGGGUCAUGGACUGUCAUUUGUCAUAGUGCAUGCUACUUGUGUUUGAAUCAUGGUGGUAACGCUAAAAGUAGAGUACCUUUUGAAGAACACAUAGGAAGCUGAUAAGGUAUUGUUCAAAAGGUAAAUUUGUAAGUUCGCUUUCAAUUUACUGUCUUUAGUCUUCCUUCUCUGUUGUCGGCACCACAUUUGCACUGCGUCCUUUGUUGUUACCUUCACGCUGCUUGUUUUUGGUAACGACAUGACUAGACGUGCAAGUCCUGUUGCACCCUUGGGGACUUGUAACAAUUAAUUUGGAUAAACACUCUACCAAUAGCAAGCGAUCUGUUGAUGCUUACUGUGUGCUUUGAAAUACUAAGACGUAUUCAUUGUCAAAUGGAUGUCUCGCACUGCGUGUUGCCACCAACCGUAUCCUAAGAUGAAACAGUUGUGUCAGUUCAGUCUUCAAGUAUUGAGACACGGUUUGUUGAAAAUGGACAUCCACUCUGAGCAUCCAGCAUAGGCCUAGAAAUUUUUCGGUGCCAUUUUGUUGAGGACUCUCGUGUCCCCUGUGGUUGCCGUGAACUUGUGAGACUUUGCGAACCUGCCUGCUUCCGCCAGCUGCCCGGCGUGCCAUGUCUCCCUUAACCAAAGAAAGCUGUCCAGAAAUGCUUGGAGUGUCGUGUGCUUUCGAUUGUCCAGCACGUCGACGUUGCAAGGUGGCUGCUUGCUCAUGCUCGUGGAAGAAGUUGUGAUGUACUGUACAAAGCGCGUCACCAUUAGUGAGAUGUAGAAGGAAUUGUUUUCUACAAAUGUGAUACAUUGCUGCAGGCAAUGCAGUUAAUGGGCUGGCUUGAUACAGCUGUGCGUGCACACAUUUCAUGCACGGCUUCGAGGCAGCUGAAUGCAGUCAUCGUUCGUACAUCCACGCUGAAUUACAGUUAAAUGCGAAGGGCCUUUGCGGGGGUGUUAUCGAGUCUCGGCGUUGUGCGUUGUAAGGUGUCGGCACCAAGUGCCCACGUCUUAUUAGCGCUUCAAUUCUUGUCGUGUACGCCAUCCACCAUUGUCAGGAGUGAUCUAACAAACCUGCAAACUAUUUUUUUGUUUUCUAUUGUGCAACUACGCUUUCUUGUCCAGCUGUAAAAAUGUGUUCCUGUCCUCAGCUUGUAAUCUCUUGCUGUUCAUUUAGCACUGCAUGCAGUAUACUGUCUAGACAACCAUCUUGACGUUCAUCAUUAGUUUUGACUUUCUUAAGCAAGCGACACUGUGGGACAUAUUUCCAUCAUAGAUUUAGCUCAUUUUUCUCUACGUGAAGACUGCACACUGCUUCCAGUUGAAAUAUGUGUGUGGUUACCAAGCAAAUUGUUACAGCCGGUCCAACAGCAUGGUUAUGGUUGUACAGAUGCUGUCCAAUGUACUGAAAGUAUGCCGAAAGUAUGUUCCACGCAAUGGCCGCUUUGUUGCAUUUGUCCCAGUGAAACGGAACACAUACAAAGUUCUCCGUCUGUUGCCCCUCGAACGAUUUGCCGCGGAGCGUGCGUUGUAGUCUGCUAAGAAUUGCAUGGUGGGUUUUACAUUAGCACUUCGUUUAUUUCUCUUGGGCAUGUUGUGAUGCACACCUCAGGAGCAUGCUUUUCACUGGGGCCUGACCAGAGCAGACGGAUGCAAAGCAUUAAUCAGAAAGCUGCCUUUAUUGGCACUGGUGACUAUUUGUCUGUUAAGUUCAAGCUUAAAAAAUUAAGAUGCAACAGAGCUGCCUGAACUUGCGGCUACUUUGCGUGUGAACAGUGAAAUUGAAGCUUACACCAGUGCUAAUUAGAAGACUUCUCUUUAAAUGUGAAAAUUUGACUCAUGCUAAGACUAUAUUGCAGAACUUCUUUGGAAAUGUAAUGCACGCAUGAUGAAUUGGUUGCGUUGAAGCAACGUUCUGCCUCACUUUUCCAAGUCAACAUUUCCUGACCAGUUGAGACGGUUUUCCAUUUCAUGCAGUGAACCACUGUAGCCAAAAUGCUAAAGCUUUCGUUGGCACUUAUAUUAUUUGCUGAACUAACCGCAGUGACAUAGCUCCCAGAGAUGCUCGGCAUUUCCUAUUUAUUUUGAACAUUGAUGACGUCGAAUUGACUGCAGUGCUGUUCUUGUAAUUCCCGUCUUAACAUGCAAGUAACUAUUUUUAUAUACAUCCUACAGCAGCGGUCUUUAAAAGCCUAAAGUAUCUCCAUAUACUUUUCCAGAACUCCAGAUUCAUUUUUUGAGCGUGUUGCUAUUAUAGCACAUUUGCAGGUUGUGGAUUCUUCUUGUGGAAGGUGUAUAUGGGACUUACUGACACUAUUGGCAAGCCUCGUUUAUAGGCAGGCUUUGCUUGUAUAAAGUGUCGGGUCAGUAACGAAGCCUGCUGUAAAUGGUUGUUUCAUCUACAGCUCUGGCUUGUUUGCGUUUGCAUUUCCCGUGCAGGUGGCAUUUCACGGUUUAUUUUGUUUUUGUAAGCAGCACUUGCCUGUUCCACUAGAGCUAAAUGAAAAGCACAUGUCGAUCCUUGGCAAUUUGCAACGAAGAAUGUCUGUUUUCUCUGUGGAAGGCAGGUGUUUUGUUAUACCAGGACAGAUGGCGUCACCCUUCCCUUGGCAAAAAGAUAAUACGCUUAUUUCUAAAAUUUGUUUUUUUGUCUGUCAUUGCCCCAGACAACACAUUACACACUUCUGUUUUGUUCUGGACAAAACAAAUCAGAACUGCAUGCAAACAGGUGCCAUACAAGAGUACACCGCAAAAUGCCACCUCAUUACCAAAUUUAAGUGCAAAGGAGACAUCGGUUUAGCCAGGGGCGGUAUUCUCGGGUAAUCACUUUCAGGGAUGCGAUUACUUUCCCGAGAUGUUGCAUGACUUGGUGCCAGACGCGCUGAAGUAUGGGGCCGACAGAACUCCUGGCACUGCGCGAAUAUCCUGAGCUUGGCACAUUGUCAGGAGUGCUGUUGACCAUAAACUUCAGGGCGUCCAGUGCCGAGUCACACGAGAUCUCGCGAGAGGGAUCAAAUCCUCAACAGUGAUCGCUCGAGAAUACUGGCCCUGAAACGUUGAUUCUGUUGGCUUCCUUAUCAACGCAGUCAUACAAUAUGUUUGUCUGAACUCUCUGCAUCUUAAUAUGACCGCAGAGCCAGACAAGUUAAACCAAACACUAGGUUGCUCUGAUGUACUUGUGAUGAUGAUAUUUCACCCACAGCACAAGAGACGUUUUGGUAUCUACACGACGCCCAUCAGUAGUGUCAUUGCUCACGCUUACACGUGUUCGUCACAGCGUCGCCAGGAGAACCUGUCAUUCCGGUUCCCAAUAUUUUUGUAAGAUUCCUAGUUAAUCGCUGCUAUUUCUGGUAUGUGCACAUCACUGUGCUCAUGAUAUUGAAAGAUGUGAGUGUGUCGCGCAUGGCAGAGCAAGAUAUAUGAAAGAAGCUUCACUCGUCCUGUCACGCAUGAACUGCUGAGGGUCCUUUGCUUCGUGUAACAUACUCUGUACAUAUGUGUAUUUGAGAAAGGAAAAAAAAAGCGAUCUAAAUGUGUGUAUUGCUGUCAGAAUCUGUUGUGUUUAUUUUUUGUAUUUUUCUUCGGUGUUUAACUCUGUAUAGUGUACAUUUAACUUCACUUUGCGAAGCCGAGGUGAAACAAGAAUUAUAAAGUCUGUCUGCUGACAGACUGUUAGAUAACAUUAUUUUUGUUCUUUUUCUCGCAGCUCUUCUUCCGGUAAAGAUAAGAAAAGCUUGUUUAAACCAUAUCACCAAAUGCAGAGCUCACUCAUAAAUAACCCUCAGGUCUAUAGUAAGCUGGAUGUUUUUGUCUAGAAUUCGUAGCCAAGGGUGAAACGGACGCCAACCAAAAACACAUCUUCUUCUUGUGUUCUUGGUCGGCGUCCGUUUUACCCUUGACUAUGAGCAAUCCCGACCAGACGAGUUUUUGUCGAACUCUUGAUUUCAUUAAGCAGGAAUCAGUUCGAUACAUUAGCAUCGUUGGCAGCAUGUGAAAUAAAGCCAAAGCAGCUUCGUGCAGAAAGUGGCCAACAGCUGUGCACUACUCAAAACCUGCCGUUAAAAGUGUGCCUAACAUCUUGUCUUCGUCAUAACUAAAGUUCUCUACAGCUUGGUUAUAAGCUGUUUGUGUGAAAGUGCAACGUGUUGCAAGAAAAUAAUAGUAAGCAUGGCUGCACAUUUACCUUUAACAAUAGAAGCAUUUUCAAAUGAAAAACAGAAAAGAUCUGACUCUGUCUGCAAUUCCUGCCUCUUGUAUCUUUAUCACCUCCACUCUCGAUGAUGGUUGAGUGCUGCUGUCAUUGAAGUAGUCUAGGUUUAUUUGGGCUAACUAAUUCCUCCAUCAGGGAGCAGGGCCAGUCACCCAGCUUAGGGACAAAUGUCACAAGUGUCCCACAGCUGGCAGUACCUCUAACUUGACAAACCUUUGUAAAUUCAGUGAUUAUAGCAUUGAACAAUAAUUGAGAGUGUGCACGCAACUUCGGGACAAAACUGUCAGCAGUCAUAUGCAGCACUGAUCCAAUCUAUGACGGCACCUUCAAAUUGAUUGCUGUGAUGAUGCAGAGAUCACGGUCAAAGCACCACAUUUUGGAAUUGUGCAACCUUGGAGGGUGCAUGCUAUAAAGCUAACCCCCCCCCCCCCCUUUUUUUUUCUUAUGAUGGCUCUGUCUGUAGUAGUUGCAGCAUUGUGAGUACAGAGGGUGCUGAUAUGAAAAGGAGCUCCCAAGUGAUAUUUCAACAGUGAUAACUGCAGCAGUAUGAGCAUCACUUCUACGGCUCUGCAAUAUCACUCAAUGAUACUUGCUAAGUAGUUCCAAGGUCAUUGCAAAAGCAAGGACAUCUAGCUGUCCGGAUAGCUAAUCAAACAUGGCCCCUUCCUCCGUGAAUAUUGGUCUACAGUGUACACACUCUUGGAGCUGUGCGAGAAUGACAGAGAUUUGGCGCUGUACUUUUUGCCUCUGCCGUUUGCUCAGCCCAUGUGAAUGCCACAACAUUUUUUGGUGCUGUGUAAUUGAGCAUCAUUUGUGCUUAUCUAGUCUGAAUGUUUCGCUUGUAUGCGAGGCAAAAUGACGUAAUGGAUCCUGAAAUGGGUCACCUUGAGCUGAGUUCCGUGACGGACAGAGAUAGCUGUUUGCUUGUUUUAUUUUAUUUUCCUUGUUAGUGUUCAGUGUGUCCAGCUUUUCUUGUACAGUGAACAGACAAAGGAAUGAAAUGUGAAGCACAGCUCUGCACAGUUUCAUUCAUGUUUAAGAUGUGCAUUGAGGCCACAUACGUGUGUGUGCUUCGACUGCUUCGGUGUGUACUUUGCAGGAUGAAGUACGUGUUUGCGUGCUGGACUUUCCUGGCUCAUUGCUUUCGUUGUCAUUUUGGAGAGUCCAAAUAAACUCUGCACUAAAGCAAA